CAAUUUCCAUUUCUUCGCCUCCGCUGCGUACCCAUUUACGGGGCCCAGAUCCUAUCCGGCAGGCGGCGGCGGCGAGGUUUCGGCGAUGGCAUCAGCGAGGGAGCAGAGUGUGUACCUGGCGAAGCUGGCAGAGCAGGGGGAGAGGUACGAGGAGAUGGUAGAGUACAUGGAGAAGGUUGCUAGAUCGGUGCCGGCCGGGGAGGAGCUCACCGUGGAGGAGCGCAACCUCCUAUCUGUUGCUUACAAGAACGUCAUCGGCGCCCGCCGAGCCUCCUGGCGGAUCGUCUCUUCCAUCGAGCAGAAGGAGGAGGGCCGCGGCAACCAUGACCACGUGGCUGCCAUCCGCGCUUAUCGAGGACGGAUCGAGAACGAGCUCUCCAACAUAUGCGCCGGGAUCCUCCGCCUUAUCGAGGAUCGGCUCAUCCCGGCCGCCGCCACUGCGGAUUCCAAGGUCUUUUACCUCAAGAUGAAGGGCGACUACCACCGUUACCUCGCCGAGUUCAAGAUCGGAUCCGAGCGAAAGGAUGCAGCCGAGGGCACUCUCUCAGCCUACAAGGCUGCUCAGGAUAUUGCAUCGGCGGAGUUGGCAUCUACUCAUCCAAUUAGGCUAGGACUGGCCUUGAACUUCUCAGUCUUCUACUACGAGAUCUUGAACUCGCCGGACAAAGCUUGCUUUCUUGCGAAACAGGCUUUUGAUGAGGCAAUCGGAGAGCUGGAUACUCUUGGAGAGGAAUCAUACAAAGACAGCACUCUGAUCAUGCAGCUUUUACGUGACAACCUUACCUUGUGGACCUCAGAUAUGCAGGAUGAUGGCAUGGACAUGGAUGAAAUCAAAGAAACAACCAAGCCUGAUGAUGAGUAAUAGCAGCUGAGAAGAUUUUUCAGUGUGGUGCGUAAAUUUAAUGUCCACUGGCUUUUCUUGUCACUUUUAUUUCUUCUUCCUGUUUUCUGUGUGGCUUGUAUUUCUAAAAUCCUCCUAGUGGUUAUGUAUGCCUGUUCUUAGUGUCCCAGAGAAGUUUGGAUUUGGUGGGUACUAAAAGUGUGGCCAAACUGUGCUCUUAAGUUCCACUUAUGGGAUGUUAUGGCAUUCUAUUUGUAAUCUAAAAACUAACAUUAGUUUCUUUA